UUAGUGAAAACUCUGCCGCAUUCACAAUUACACUGAUAUCUGAGACUGGACUGCAGAGAAGGGUGUACAAGUAAAGAAUGCACAAGAUAGUAUUGCUUCUGAUGCUGGGUGUGGCAGGCCUAACUGCUGCACCAGUUGCCCCUGCUGAAAAGGAGAUCCUCCCACAACAGCAAGGCACGAAAAAUGAGAUCCAGCAACAUCAAAGCACUGGAAAUGAGAUCCAGUACCGACAAGGCACUGAAAAUACGAUCCAGUACUGGAAAGACACUGAAAAUGAGAUCCAGUACAGGCAAGGCACUGAAAAUACGAUCCAGUACUGGAAAGACACUGAAAAUGAGAUCCAGUACAGGCAAGGUACUGAAAAUACGAUCCAGUACAGGAAAGACACUGAAAAUGAAAUCCAGCAACAGCAAGACACUGAAAAUGAGAUCCAGUACAGGCAAGGUACUGAAAAUACGAUCCAGUACUGGAAAGACACUGAAAAUGAGAUCCAGUACAGGCAAGGUACUGAAAAUACGAUCCAGUACAGGAAAGACACUGAAAAUGAAAUCCAGCAACAGCAAGGCACUGAAAAUGAGAUCCAGUACAGGCAAGGUACUGAAAAUACAAUCCAGUACUGGAAAGACACUGAAAAUGAGAUCCAGUAUGGGCAAAGCACUGAAAAUGAGAUCCAGUACUGGAAAGACACUGAAAAUGAGAUCCAGUACCGGCAAGGUACUGAAAAUACGAUCCAGUACUGGAAAGACACUGAAAAUGAAAUCCAGCAACAGCAAGACACUGAAAAUGAGAUCCAGUACUGGAAAGACACUGAAAAUGAAAUCCAGCAACAGCAAGACACUGAAAAUGAGAUCCAGUACAGGCAAGGUACUGAAAAUGAGAUCCAGUACUGGAAAGACACUGAAAAUGAAAUCCAGCAACAGCAAGGCACUGAAAAUGAGAUCCAGUACAAGCAAGGCACUGAAAAUGAGAUCCAGUACUGGAAAGACACUGUAAAUGAAAUCCAGCAACAGCAAGGCACUGAAAAUGAGAUCCAGUACUGGAAAGACACUGAAAAUGAAAUCCAGCAACAGCAAGGCACUGAAAAUGAGAUCCAGUACAGGCAAGGUACUGAAAAUACAAUCCAGUACUGGAAAGACACUGACAAUGAGAUCCAGUACAGGCAAGGUACUGAAAAUGAGAUCCAGUACUGGAAAGACACUGAAAAUGAAAUCCAGCAACAGCAAGACACUGACAAUGAGAUCCAGUACAGGCAAGGUACUGAAAAUGAGAUCCAGUACUGGAAAGACACUGAAAAUGAAAUCCAGCAACAGCAAGGCACUGAAAAUGAGAUCCAGUACUGGAAAGACACUGAAAAUGAAAUCCAGCAACAGCAAGACACUGACAAUGAGAUCCAGUACAGGCAAGGUACUGAAAAUGAGAUCCAGUACUGGAAAGACACUGAAAAUGAAAUCCAGCAACAGCAAGACACUGAAAAUGAGAUCCAAUACCGACAAGGCACUGAAAAUGAGAUCCAAUACUGGAAAGACACUGAAAAUGAGAUCCAGCAACAGCAAGACACUAAAAAUGAAAUCCAGCAACGUCAAAGCACUGGAAAUGAGAUCCAGUAUCGGCAAGGCACUGAAAAUGAGAUCCUCCGGUACCAGCAAGGCACUGAGCCGUCUCAGCAGCUGACAGUGAUGAGAGGUGAUGUCAGGAGAACUGCUGUGGGGGAAAUGGAGGGGUCCAACAUGACAAGAGCCUCGGUCCGGUGCUGGGGGUAUGUGAUGAAUGGCAAAUGCUACAGAUUCUUCCAAAUGAAAAAGGAUUUCAGGGAAGCUGAGGUGUACUGCAGGGACUCUUUUGCUGGUGGCCACCUUGCCUCUGUGAACAGUGCCGCUCAGCAUGACCAGCUGGUCGGCUUGGUGAAGGCAGCCAACGGGAGCCCCACCCUGACCUGGCUGGGAGCAUUCGACUUCAUGGAGACUGGACAGUACAUAUGGACUGAUGGGUCCAAUUGGGGAUACAGCUACUGGAUGCCCGGAGAGCCCAACCAUGACAAGAAGGGUGAUGACCAAUACUGCCUGCAAAUGUUCAUGAUGGACCUGAAGUGGUGGAGCCUUGCGGACUGCUCAGAGAAGAGGUCCUUCAUCUGUUCCUACCCGUACCCAGCCUGAUGAAUCACUAAGCCAUGGGUGCAGCAGGAGGAUCAGCUGACUCCUACCCUGCAGCCUGCCAGAGAGACCUCCCCAUGCCAACUCCUUUGCUUUUCACACCUUUGAUGGGCAUCAGCUCUAGAUUAGCUGAUCCGCUGGACGGUCCUUAUGCAAGUGGCUGUUGAUUUAUCUGUAUUUCAGUACCUGUUCAUUAUGAUUGGGCUACAUCAGGGUCAUUUUUGUUUGGCGUUAAUAAUAAAACU